AGUCAGGGAUACAACACGUCCAACUGUCUGACACACACACACACACACACACACACACACACACACACACACACAUGUCCAACUGCCUGACACACAUGUCCAACGGUCAGGUCGGGUCAGGCUCAGGUCAGGCCUGGCCAGGGUCAGGUACAGGUCAGGCUCAGGUCAGGCUCAGGUUCAUGGCAGGCUCAGGUCAGGUCAAGCUCAGGUCAGGGUCAGCCUCAGGUCAGGCUCAGGUCAAGCUCAGGAUCAGGUCAGGCCAGGCUCAAGCUCAGGUUCAUGGCAGGCUCAGGUCAGGCUCAGAUUCAUGACAGGCUCAGGUUCAUGGCAGGCUCAGGUCAAGCUCAGGUCAGGCUCAGGCUCAGGUCAGGGUCAGGACAUGCUCAGGUCAGGCUCAGGAUCAGGUCAGGCUCAGGUCAUGCCAGGCUCAGGCUCAGGUUCAUGGCAGGCUCAGGUUCAUGGCAGGCUCAGGUCAAGCUCAGGUCAGGCUCAGGUCAGGCUCAGGUCAGGCUCAGGAUCAGGUCAUGCCAGGCUCAGGUCAAGCUCAGGUCAGGCUCAGGUCAGGCUCAGGAUCAGGUCAGGCUCAGGUCAUGCCAGGCUCAGGUCAAGCUCAGGUCAGGCUCAGGCUCAGGUCAGGCUCAGGUUCAUGACAGGCUCAGGUUCAUGGCAGGCUCAGGUCAAGCUCAGGUCUGGCUCAGGCUCAGGUCAGGCUCAGGACAGGCUCAGGUCAAGCUCAGGCCCAGGUCAGGACAGGCUCAGGACAGGCUCAGGAUCAGGUCAGGCUCAGGACAGGCUCAGGUCAAGCUCAGGCUCAGGUCAGGCUCAGGUUCAUGACAGGCUCAGGUCAAGCUCAGGUCAGGCUCAGGCUCAGGCUCAGGCUCAGGACAGGCUCAGGUUCAUGACAGGCUCAGGUUCAUGGCAGGCUCAGGUCAAGCUCAGGUCAGGCUCAGGUCAGGCUCAGGACAGGCUCAGGUCAAGCUCAGGCUCAGGUCAGGUCAGGACAGGCUGAGGUCAGGCUCAGGCUUGUUUGAUGACGAUGUCAUUUCCUGUC